AUGCCGCAUCCACUUCAAUUUAAAGUACAUCCAAGCACCGGAGAAGACGACGACAACCAUCCUUUAUCUGUAAAGCAAGAUACUCAUGUCUCUGCACGGUCUACUACACGUUCCCUCUCUUCACCCCCACAUUCCCCACCCGCCCAAUCCUCGACUUCCUUUCUAACUACUCUCCAGUCGUUCGUUCCGCGAAAUAAGAGGUUUCUCCGUAUUUAUACUGGCCUUCACAUUACCCUAGCUCUUCUUUU